GCCUUUCCGCAUCUUCGAAAGUAUUAUAAUAAUCCGUCGUCGCAUCCUCUUCCUCUUGCUACUUUCGAAUUCAUAGACUCGACACUUUACUUCACUCCACUUGAAAUACCUACCUACCUGCAUCUACGAGCUGAAGAUCAAUUCUUCGUACAUUUACUUCAACACAUCUUCGGAAGCACGAUAAGAACAUAUAAAGAAAUAAGACAAAAUGGCAGACACCGGAGUAAACACACCAGCUCCAUUGAUCGCAGAGGAGGGCGACCAUACAUACAAGUUCAACAUUUCGAUGAGCUGUGGAGGAUGCUCUGGAGCUGUUGAUAGAGUAUUGAAGAAGUUGGAUGGUGUCCGCGCAUACGAAGUAGAUCUCAAAGGUCAAACCGCAACAGUUAUCGGAAAGCCAGAAUUAGAUUUCGAUACCGUGUAUGAGAAGAUCGCAAAGACGGGAAAGAAGAUUAAUACUGCGGAGGUGGAUGGAGUCAGCAAGGAUAUUGUCACUAUCAAGACUGAAUAAGGGGAUAGAGAGAAGGAAAGAGGGAUAGAUUCGCGAGAGGUUGAUGGCAGAUGAUGGGAUGCGCAUACACAUGCGGCAGAGAGACACUGGUAGAUUAAGAUACAGAUUACGUGGGUUUUGCUAAAUGCGGAGGAUAUCAAUACGAAAUAAUGACCUAUACUUGAUA